AUGGGAAAAAAAGAUGCAUUUAUAGAUAAAAAUAAAGCAAUAACAUUCAAAUUAACACAUCGUGAUAACGAUGAUCCUUUUUACUAAAAAUAAGCAUAAUCAGGCUAAAAUGUAGAAACUGAUAGAGUUUUUGAACUAACAUAAAUGCCAAAUAUGGAAAUAUUAACAGAAGAAGAAUAAAAGAAGUUUUCAAGUUUACUUAGUUCAUUUACAGAUUAAGAUUAAGGAAAAUUCAAAUAAAAAAAAUAAGAAUAAAAUUCAAAAUUUUGGAUUCCUCCUGAAAUUCGUGAGAAAUUAGGUACAAAUUAGUUAUGGAUAGACUAAUUAAAAAACAAAUAAUAGUAAAAUUAAGAUGAUUAAUAUGAAUAUGAAGUAGAAGAAUUAGAAGAGAUUGAAGAAAGCUAUAAUACAGAAGAUGAAGAAUUCGAUGAAAAUUAAAUUUUUGAUGAAGAAGAUGAAAGAGAAUAAGAAGAAGAUGAAGAAGAAAUAUAAAAAAAAGAAGAAUAAGCUUUUCCAGAUUUAUAAUGUAAAGAUUUUCCUGAAUUUACUUUUUAAUCAGAAUAUUAAAAAAAAGUAACAGAAUAAAAUAUAAUACCAAAAUAUGAAAAAUUAGUUCUUUCAAAAAGUGUUAAAUUAAAAAAAUUAAAUGAAUAUGGACUUCCAUUAAAUGAUGGCUAUGAUUAUUCCAAACAUUUUGUAUAAUCAAGUAAAAAAAAUAAAAAAUAAAUAUAUAAAUUAUUUAAAUAGAUAGCUAAAACUCAGGCGUUCUAGAAGCUGUUUUAUAUGCUGAUUAUAAAUUUGCUCCAAAAUUAAAAGAAGAUAUUGAUUAUGAUUAUGAUGAAAUGA